AUGGCUGCCAACAGUUCACACUGGCUGCAGACUUUCAACACUGUGAUUUUGGAGCCUGGAAUGACAGAGCCCCGGUUGAUCCAGGUCAGCUAUGUAGACUCCAUCCAGUUUCAGGGAUUCGACAGCCAAGCUCCCAAUGCGAGUAUGCAACCUCGGGCUGCUUGGAUAGAGCAGGAGCCACCUGAAUAUUGGGAGAAGGAGACAACACAAGUCGUGAGCCUGACACUGUCAAAAGGACGGAUUCUUAGGUAUAUAGCAAAUGAAAAUCGACACAGCAGGAAUGAUUAUCGCACCCUGCAGGAAGUUUUUGGCUGCAACUUGGCAAAUGAUGGGACCUUCCUCCGAGGUAAUUACCGGCUCACCUAUUAUGACUACGAUUACGUCACUCUGAAUGAGGACAUGAUCUCUUGGAGAGCAGAAGGCGAGAUAGCUAAACGUUGGUUAAGCAUAUGGGAAACCGAAGGAGUGGGAGAAAGCUGGAUGACUUACCUGAGAGGAACGUGCUCAGAAAGGCUUCUUAGAUUCCUGGAACUUGGAAAGAAGACUUUGCUGCGCUCUGAUGCCCCCAAAACACAUCUGACCCACCAAGUAAGACCUGAUGGCAACGUCACCCUGAGGUGCUGGGCCCUGGGCUUCUACCCAGCUGACAUCACCCUGACCUGGCAGAGGGAUGGCAAAAACCACACCCAGGACAUGGAGCUGCCAGACACCAGGCCUGCAGGGGAUGGAACCUUCCAGAAAUGGGCGGCAGUGAUGGUUCCUUCUGGAGAGGAGCAGAGAUACACAUGUCAUGUGCACCACGAAGGGCUCCCUGAGCCUCUCACUCUGAAGUGGGAACCUUCAACAACCAUCCCCAUCGUGGCAAUUCUCAUCGGCCUGAUUGUUGUAACAUUGGUGAUAGGAACUGUGGUGAUUCUUCGGGUAUGGAAGAAAUAAAGGUAAGGAAAGGGCAGGGUCUGAGUUCUUUCUCCCUUGAAAAUCCAAGGCCAAGACAUAAAUGUACCCUGCCUCAUUCCAGGAAAGAGGUAUCCACAGAGGCACUGGGGACCGUGGGCUGACACUAGCUCUAUCAUAAAGCAUAAAGGAAAUAAUAGAAAGAUCCUCUGCCCUUGUGAUGGGUGUGAUGGAGACCUGAUUCAGAUUUCUACAGAGAGAUGUCACAAAGAUGGUCCCUGCUCAGGACAGACCUACAGAAGGCCAGUUAGUCCUCCUUACAUGAAAUCGUACAUUGUGUUCUCUCCUCAGUCCACGGACUUCAGUCACAGUUUUAGAAGCUCCCCUGGCACUUGACCAGGACAUUCCUCCCAUUCCUGCAACUGCACUCCUUCCUCAGUCUCUCACUGUGUUCUUCCCACAGGUGGGAAAGAGGCAUCCACACUCUGGCUGCCAGUCAUUAAGUGUUGAGUUGGUUCCUGAGACCUUGCAUUAGGGAAGACAGGUACCCAUUGUGGGUGAUCACAUAUUUUCUCUCUUGUGGGCUCUUAACAAGUCUAAUUCUGUACUGCCAUAGGUAUGGACAGUGCCCAGAGAUCUGAUGCAUAUGUGUCAGUAGAAAAGGAAGUAAUAGGAGAACACAUUCCUGAGCUGGGUUGGCUGGCUAUACUGGAUUUGUUUUUAAUGUGGCUUUCUGUCAGAAAUCAUGGAUGAACAAUUACCAAUCAGAAUUUGUUCUCCAUUACUUCCUUCUAUAGGGUAAGUUACGUACCUUGUGUGGCUUCAAAAGCUCCUGACUUUUCUCUCAGUGGCUGGCCUCUGUGUCCAGGUCUCUGUCUCCUGUCAGUAUGACAUAAGGAAGUGAGUUCAGGCCAGACCUGAGCACCACUCCUCUCCACACUGACCUGUGUGUCUUCCACAGUCAUCUCUCCUGAUCCAAGAGAGGCUGGCCUGGGAGACCUCCAUCACAGAAUGAACUUUAGUUUCCAAUGAUCUGUAAAUUUAAUCUUUACUCUUCAACAUGAGAAUUUUGGUAAAUUUUUUUGGUGAAUUCUUCACAUGGUUUGCUUAAUGAGUAAACCCAAUCAAAGCAAGAAGAGACAAAUAGUAAACAUGUCUUGUCUUGGACGUAUCUAUGCUUUCCUAGGUGCCUCUCUUUCUAUUUCAACUCAUGUUUGUCUAUCCAUUUCUCAUCCUAAUAAACUUGAACUUUCCUUCCUACUGGGUGUCCUGAAAUUCUUUCCAUUUUCAGUCAAGAAUCUCAUCUUCAUCUGAACAGAAUUUUCUGAACAAAAGUCCUUAGCUGACACGUAUGCAGCUUGGAGUUGUCCCCCACCCUGCACCAAACUGGGGCUGCCAUUGUUCCUGCUGGCCACAAAGGAAUCUCUGAAGUAAUGAGGGACAGGUUGCUUGGAUGUCACUGAGCUGCUCUUUUCCUUUGCAUGUUACAUUCAGUCCUUCCCUUUAACUAUCUGAAGGUCCACAGAGUAUUUUUUGAAUUUUAUGUGUUUUUUAUCUGCCUGUACUUUUGUCUGUGUAAUAAUUACAUGCCUAGAGUCUGUGGAUAUCAGAAGAGUUCCUCAAGUCCCUAGACAAGUGUGAACUAAAAUGGAGACAGUAAGAACCAAACACACAACAUCUGCUGUAACAGACAGUGCUCUUAACUGCUAAGUCCUCUGAAUGCCCUCAAGACCCACAUAGUGUUUCAUGACCACUCUUGUGCCAUUGAUGACCUUAGAGCCAGCCAUACCCCUUGCUCGGGUCAAAUGGAAAUAGGCAUGGAUUCCCAGGAAGGCAUCCACUGUUGCCCUAAAGGCUUUCCUUUUACUCAAGAGACCUUUCUAGCACUAAACUGAAGUGAAGUGACUGUGGGGGUCACCCAGAGGGUAAAAUCUCAAUGAACAGAACCUUAUGCUAAGGACACCUGAUUCUUGAACAGGAAAACUGUCUCAGUCGUUAAGAACACAGCAUGGUCACUUACAGAAGCCUGGGUGAAGGAAGGUUCAUUAAAAAACGUGAAUGACUCCCUUGUAGCUUCAGCACCAAAAGCCAAACUUACAGGCAGCUUGGCCAGCCAAAACUGUUUCUCUCUUGGCAAUUGCUUAUGGCUUUUAUAGACAGGGAGAGGGGCCACUGGACCCUAUGUGUUUCAGGAGCCUUCUGAGCUUGUAAAAUCCAUAAGCUUCCUGGGUCUUAAGAGCCCCCCUCCUCCAGUCAAAAGGGAGCACUUCCUUGGAGGAAAUAGCUGCACAACACUGAGUUACAUAAGGCUCUGUCUCAAAAGCCAAAACAUGGGCCUAGGAAGAUGCUUCAGUGGAUAAAGCAUUCACUGACCAAUGAGGAAGGUAGUUUGGAUCUCCAGAACCCAAAGAAAAGCCAGUAGGCACAGCUGGAUCCCCAACAGCAAUGCUAGCCCUCUGGAAGUGGAGGUGGAGGAAAUCCUAUAGCAAAGUGGUUGGGCAGACUAUCCAAAUCGGUGAGCUCUGGGUUCAAUGAGAGACCAUACCUCAGUAAAUAAUGGGAAUUUUGAUUGAGGAAGACACUCAUGGUCCGCACAUGCACAUCACUCACACACGCAUUUGAACACACAUACCCAUGUACAUGCACACGACACACACAUGUGUACAUAUGGAAAAACAUGAAACCAAAAACAAGAAUAUGACUUAGGUUUUAUUUCAUUGAAGGUACGGUCCAUUAAUUGAAGAUCAUGUCUUCUAAAGAAAAUAAAAGUAAUCCCUGGGCUGGUGAUUUGGGUGGUAAAGGUAAUUGUUGCCAAGCCUAGGGGUCUGAUUCUAAUCAUCUGAUGGUGGAUGGACAGAAGGUUUCCCAGUUGUCCUCAGAACUCCAUGCAGGUGCUGUUGAACAGCACUUGUUAGAGUAGCCCAGGAUGAGUGCUCAGUGUAUGAGGACUUUGUGCUACAGCUGGCACAGAGGAGUACUGGCCUCAGAUGCCACUAAUGAAGACAUCUCUCCAGAGGAAAGAGGGGCUCAUCCAUUCAACAAUGUUUACUGAACAUUGUCUACAUGGCAAAGAACUUUUGCAGCAGGAUACAACAAAGGUUAAAAGGCCAGUAUUGCUAGCAAUGUCCGAGUGGAAGAGAGAAGUCACUCAAACAGAGUAAGUGUCCCUACAGGACAUGUGAAGUGCUAGGUGAUGGGUAGUACAAAAUACGGAUGUGAGACAAGGCUUGUGAUUGCUUUUACUGGGGUGCUCAGCAAAGGCCUUCACUGGACUGUGAAGAAAGAUCUGAGGGACAUGGAGGAACCUGUCGUGUGUCUGCAGGAAGUUGUGGUUGUGUGGUUUGUUACUUGUGGUUGUCGCUGUGUUCUUAGUAAGCAAGAGGAUCUUUCAGUGCUUACACCCAUGACCACAACCUCUCUAUGUUCUAGGGGAAAAGUGGCUCUAAGCAUGUGUUGAGUAGUCUUGUGGGAGAGGAGAUGAGAAGUACUCCAGGACUUGUGGGUACUGAAGACGAUAAAGGCAACCUUGCUUAAAGCAUGGACAUUUUGAAUGACAUGGUAGAGAAAAGUUUAAGGCACAAUCUAGUCUUCCAGGCUGGACAUGACAGCCACUUCAACUGCCAUGUGAGCAACUGAAACAGCAGAAGGGACUCAAUUCUCUACACAGUUUCAAGAUGGGACUUAGAGUAUUUGUCAGUGCAUUGGUUCUGUGGUACAAACACAGAAAGGAAGACACGGAUGGCGUGGUGUAACUGAGAGACGCUGUCUCCCUCAGCAUCUCCCUUCCAGAGUCUGGAAAGGCCACAUGUCCAGAGGGGAAAUGGCAGGAACUUGCUCUAGAAGUAAUUGAUCAUAGAUGCCCAAUGGAAGCUCAGGGGACUGGAGUGAUGGCACAAGCCAGAGAGUCUGACACUUGUUGGCGGAUUGUAUGGGCUGAUCACUUUAUCUCAGAGACUUAGCUCAUCCUAUAUAAUAAGACCAUGAUCUUCAGAAGAUAAAAGAAGGAAAAUGAAAAUCACAGAUGUGAUGGCACACACACACACACACACACACACACACAUACACACACACAUACAUACAUCCACACACACAUACACACACACACAUACAUACAUACACACACAUACACACACAUAUAUACAUACACACACACAUACAUACAUACACACACACAUACAUACAUACACACACACAUACAUACACACACACAUACAUACACACAUACAUACAUACACACACACAUACACACACACAUACACACACACAUACACACACACACAUACACACACAUACAUACAUACACACACACACACACACACACACAC